CAAAGAGAGGAUAGGGAGGAGACGUGGGAAACCAGCAAGAAAACAAUGCUCAUGCUUUAUCUUCCUUUUCUCUCCUUUUGAGACCCAAAUUUGAGCUGUUUUGCUUUUCUCUGUUUACUGCCUCAAAGAUUCUCUCCCUUUCAAGUCAAAGAAGUUAAUGAAGAAAAAAGAGAUAGAGUGAAAAAAGGUAAAAAUAAAAAAUAAAAUGGAAUAAGAAUGACAUGGAAUUUAGAAAAGAUGAACCACAGCUCAUGCAUAUAUUCUUCUUCCCCUACUUUGGUUUGGAGAAACUCAAGAGGCAGUAUCAUUCCAAUCCUUGCUACUUCUUCUCUAUAUUUUUUCAUUUCAUGUCUUCAUUGCACAACCAGAGUUUAGUUCCACUCAACUGGACUACUCAGGAGCUUCAGCAUCAGUUUGGAGUAGUUAAUAGAGCAACACCAAAAUCAGUUAUGCAGAAAUAUCAGGCUGCAAGGAACAGUGGUGCUUGUUUUCCAGUAGAUUUCCUUGAGUUCAAUCAGAACAUGUUACAAAUGGAGGUGCAGAAACAUUUACAGCUGAGAAUUGAAGCACAAGGGAAAUACUUGCAAUCAGUGUUACAAAAAGCACAAGAAAAACUAGCAGUAACUGACUGCCUGAGCUCUUCUUCCACUGAUGAGAGUUGCUUAACAUCAUCAUCAUCAUCAUCAUCAUCUUCUGAUGAGACUACUACACCAGAAUGCAGGACAUUAAGAAGCAAGAUACAAAAGAGAAGAACAAAAUACAACAAUGUUCAUGAGAAUUAUAGCAAGCCUGGCAAGAGAGUCUGCAUCCAAGAAGAAGAAGGGGUUGAGGUUAAUAUUUUGGACGACAGGGACAUGACACAUGGCAUAUAAGGAUGGUUCCUAAGUUGGGUCUGAGUCACACCAUUGUACUCAAAAUGUGUGUUGAGUGUAUUAACAGU